GAAAAGCACUAUUGCUACAAGGAAGUCCAAUAAUAAUCUUUCUCCUAAGCGAUUACUUUCAUGGCGGGGGCUAGAGACCCCAAAGGGGCAAGCGGGACUGCAGCGCACGCCACUGCGCAUGGCCUUCUCCCACUGCCCCCACUAUUCUGACCACUGACGCAUUUUUCAGUCGACUUGCAAAUUUAAACUUGAAAAGUUUAGUCAAAUUAUCGCGGCACAUUAGAGAUUCUUGCAAUAUAAAAAAUGGGUAAACUUUCGGUGCUUUUCGCUCUAGUUGCAAUCAUUACCGUGGCAUCUGCUUUGAAAUGCUACACCUGCAGAGGAACCCAGUGUGAUUCGUCCAGCAACUGGGUGAAGACUGACUGUGGAGCUGGAGGAGUCCAACCUUACACUGGACAUGUGCAUGCCUGCAUGAAGCAUACCUUUAGAGACCGAGUUAGCCAACAUGAAAUGGUUUCGAGGAAGUGCCUCCAGGCUCAAAAAAUUGGAAACGAAAUAGUCCAGAAGUGUCCUGAAAGUGACGGGCAGACAGUUAAAUGCGAUAUCUGCCAAACAGAGUUAUGUAAUUCAGCAUCCAAGAUUUCUGUAGGCGCCAUGGCAUUUACAGGAACAAUCAUCACAUUCUUGUUCUCCAGACUAGUUUGAAUAUGAAUGUAUUCAGUAGAAACAAAUCCAUCCCGAAAGUGCAGACUAAUACUUUUAUGUGUUUCAUUUGAAUUGAAAGUUACCAAACAUUAUUAGAGUUACUAUUAUAAUUGAAUUUUUCGCAAAAGUAAAAUGUAUAAAACUUUUGCACCGAAAACUGCAUAAGAGUUUUUUGUUCUGAUUUUGUGAUAUGGAAUAAAAUCUGAAUUUGCAUUUAUUCGUACGCUAAACUAUAUUUAAAUUUACUUUUACGCAAUGAUUUUAACCAAAUCUCAACAGAUAAAUGUUAUUCACACUAUACUAAGCAAUCUUAGCAUAGACAGACGUUUUAGAUAACGUUCCAGUAAGAAUCAAAUAUGAUUUCUCGACCUGUUAAUUUGUUCGGAAAACUUGCUAGGUUGACUUUUGGUAUCAAUCAGCAAAACUCGUUAAUCUUUGUGUUUUAUGUAUUUUGUACGUGGUUCUAAAUUGUAAUAUAUUGUAUGUUUCUCGUUAUUGA